UGACAGAAAUAAAGAAACUGAAAAAUCAUUUUGAUUGAUAGAAGUCGAGCUGUCUUUUUGCUGUAAUAAUUUAACAUCUUUAACAUAGUAUCGUUCCUGUCUGUCUAUCCAGCUUCUCUUUCGCUAGCAUCAUCAUAUCGGCAGAAACAUACAUUAAAAAGUCAGCUGAUUUCUCUAUUUCCCUGUAACUACAAACUUCUCUUUGACAGAUUUGAAUCAAAUGGAGGAGGACAGAAAAGAGAAGAACUCUCCAUGGCUAUCUGUGCCACAGUUUGGUGAUUGGGACCAGAAAAGCGGAGGAGGAGCAAUGCCUGAUUACUCGAUGGAUUUCACCAAGAUAAGGGAGAUGAGGAAACAGAACAAGAGAGACCCUUCUCUAGCCAGUUUUGGCAACGAAGAAGAGCUCAUCAAGCCACCCGAGUCAUCAGCACCAAUAGCUAAACUCACAACUGUCCAUACUGAAAACAAGCAACACUUCUCUCCGGACCACCAUCACCAACCACAUUCCCCUUCUGCAAAGAGAAGCAUCUUCAGCUGCUUCAACUGCUGCGUCAAAGCUUGAAGAGAUUAUUCUCUUAUUAAUAUACAUAUUGACUUGUAAUUCAAAUCUGGAAAAUGAAUGUGGUGACUCUUUCUUUUAUAUAUGUUUGAAUCCAUC